AUGGAUAAUAUUAAUGAUCAUAAUGAUCGUAAUGCUGAUACUAAAGAUGAUCCGCGCCUGACCGUACUUCUGGUAUUGCUCGAAAAUAAUGAAUUUGUUAACAAAAGUCCAAGUUCGGAUUUGGCUCAAUCUACUACAGCUUCAGACUCGACUAAAACUGUUAAAAAUAUUACGGAUCAGUUAGUGGCUGCCACAGACUACAAACGACCUCAGCUACAUUUACCGGUAGUCAUAAAACCUAGAGGUUUUUAUUUGCCUAAGCAGAGACCCUUAGCCCAGCAAAAACAAAAUGAGUCUCCUCAACCGGCUGCCCAAAAUUACUAUAGCAAUUACUUUUCCGACUUGCCAACUUUAGAGCAUGCCCAGCCCUAUUAUCCUUUAAACGAAGACUCCAUUAUUAACAAAUUCCUCUCCCAACAAAACAAAGAAUUUCAACAACAGCCCAGACAUCCACCAUUUAAUCAAUACGAUGCCAGUGUAUUGGGUUCCGGCGACUUUGGCAUUUUGAGAGGAGGCACUUUCUAUUCCGAUGAAGAACAAUCGUAUAUCAAUGAAGAGGGCAGUGAUUUCUAUUACGGUGAUGCCAGCAAUACCCACACUGUAUCCUCUACCGAGGGUUUCAUACAAAAAUACACUUAUCCUGAAGAACAAUUUGCUCAAUUUAGAGAUUUCGCUGAUCUGGGUACCCCCUCCGAUUCGGCUUUUUCACAAUAUGUGGUGGUUUAUGCAGCUAAAAAUUCUUCUGCAGGUCAUCAGAAUCGCCAAAAUUCAAAACCAAAAAAUAUUUUCGAACAAUUACAGGAGAUCGACAAGGAAAAAGCUUUGGAGCAGAAAAAAUCGCGAAAGAAUCAAACGAAUUCGAGUAUAACAAAAUUGAAAUUGGUGCGAACAAAAUUGACAGAAAAGAAAUGGGUACAAAAGCAGCCGGUGAAAGUUCCAGAUGAUGAUCCUUUAAUAGCUUUAAGUUAAUGUUGUGUAUUUUUGUCUUUAUUUUUGUGAAAUGUAUUUCGAUAUUAAUUGGAAUAUUAAAAUUGGCUGAUGAAGAUUGAAAUCAA